AUGAGAAUAACCCGUGGCGUUAUUUACUCAUUAAAAAGCAAUUUGGAGACAAGACUGAACAGGAUUCCCGGAGCGGGGUUGCGGCCGGCGCGUAGAAGCCGCAGUGGCCGCAGUUCCGCUGGGUUGGCCGUGGUUCCAUGGAUCCUUCACGCGUGCCACGGGUUCCGGGCUCGCGGCGGACUGCGGACUCCCUGGAGCUGUGACGGUGGAGCGGUCAUGACGGAGGGCGGAGCGAGGCGGCGGCGAGAGGCGGAGAAGGCCAUCCAGAGAUGCACCGAUGUGGCAGCUACGGCGGCGAACGGUGAGAACCCUGCCACGCACCUUGACAUUCGAGAUCAUAUGUGUCCCACGACCAGCUCCUCUUCAGAUCCCUUUGUCUUUGCCAAAACCUGUCCCUAUUUUUCCUCUUGGAAGUGUGACUUUACGUGUGAGCGUGGGCUGUUGUCAACGCUAUUUCAGUCUCUGUUACGGUUUUUAACGACGCUCCGGCAUGUGGCCAGCGUGGCUUCAGUUAUUCCUCUCUGUUGGAGCCGCAGAGGGGGGCGUGCGGAGGGACAGGUGCGACCGGUGUGUGGUCCCUGUGAGCCGUCCCUGUGA